AGAAAUUGAGAUUAAAAACAAAAACAAAAAAGAGAAAGAAAGGGAAAAAGAAACAGAGGAAGAGGGGAAUCUUCAAAGAGUCAGUCCCAUAGUCAAAAAGGAACCACUUUUCUCUCCACAUUAACUUCUUUACGUUGCAGCAUUAUCCAGUUCCAAACCCAGCUAUUUACAAUCAUUUAUACGGCCCAAUCAUCUUAUGCCACCUCACCACCACUCCCCCGGAUUUCUCAAAUCAUUUUUGCUCCAAAAUGUUGACCACAACCUGCAUUGUGCUGCUAGCUUUGCUGCUACCCUCCUGCUGGCCGCUAGGUGCCAGUGCCGCCGCCGCUCUCAACCUCACUCUCCCCGGCCAGCAUCCGAGCCCUGAACUGGUUGCUCAAGAAGUUCACAGGAAAGUGAAUGCUUCCGUAACGAGAAGGCAAUUGCUCCAAAGCUUAGAGAAAGACGAAUCUCCUUCUUGUUACACCGGGAACCCCAUCGACGACUGCUGGAAAUGCGAUCCAAACUGGCCAAACAACCGCCAGCGCCUAGCCGAUUGCGCCAUUGGAUUCGGCCAGUACGCACUCGGCGGCAAGAACGGCGAGUUCUACAUCGUCACAGACGAUUCCGACGACGAUGCAGUCAAUCCAAAGCCCGGAACGUUACGAUACGCCGUGAUACAGCCUCAACCUCUCUGGAUCGUCUUCCCGGCCAACAUGCUCAUCAAACUCAAACAGGAACUCAUCUUCAACAGCUACAAAACCCUAGACGGCCGCGGCGCCAAUGUCCACAUCGUCGGCGGUGGCUGCAUUACAUUGCAGUACAUAAGCAACGUCAUCAUCCACAACAUCCACAUCCACCAUUGUUAUCCAUCAGGUAACACCAUGGUCCGAUCGAGUCCGACGCAUUAUGGAUAUCGCACGAAAUCGGACGGCGACGGGAUAUCCAUCUUCGGAUCGAAGGACGUAUGGAUUGACCAUUGCUCACUCUCGCAUUGCAAAGAUGGGCUGAUUGACGCGGUGAUGGGCUCCACCGGAAUCACAAUUUCAAACAAUUAUUUCUCGCAUCACGAUGAGGUUAUGCUUUUGGGUCACAGCGAUAGCUACUUGCCGGAUUCCGGAAUGCAGGUAACAAUAGCGUUCAACCACUUCGGCGAGAAGCUAGUCCAAAGGAUGCCGCGAUGCCGGCGAGGGUACAUUCACGUCGUCAACAACGACUUCACCCAAUGGGAAAUGUACGCAAUCGGCGGCAGUGGGAGCCCCACCAUCAACAGCCAAGGCAACCGCUACACCGCCCCAUACGACCGCAACGCCAAGGAGGUGACCAAGCGGGUCGAAACAUCUGAGUCCGAGUGGCGUGGCUGGAACUGGCGUUCCGACGGCGACAUCCUCGUUAACGGCGCCUUCUUCGUUACCUCUGGCCAAGGCCUCGAAGUCAAGUACGAGAAGGCCUACAGCGUCGAGCCCAAAUCAGUCGCCCUGAUCGACCAGCUCACUUGGCACGCCGGCCCGCUCGGCGUCGGCGGCAGGGAUAACAAUUUGGGGAUGUGGACCACUGGCCCCAAUGGUGGGGGGGGCUUUAUCAUUGGGUCUGGUCCGGACUACACUGACGACAUGUCGGAAAGCUUGUCUCGGAUUGGGUCUCCUUAUUUUGUCAUGGUAGUGUCUGUUUUGUUGUGUUCUUUUUGCGCAUUGGCACUCGCAUUUGUGCAAUGACGACAUUGAAGCAUCUGGGGAUGAAAGCUUAUGACAGAACAGACAAGCGAGAGUGGUUUUUACAUUCUUUUAAAAGGCACAAAGGCCUAAAAUGUAAAUCCAUUCGUCACCCAUUACAUGCCAAAACUGACUUGAGUUUAUCUAAUUUGUUUUUGUUAAAUCA